AUGGAGUCUAUAAAGGAGGAGUUCCUGGACGAAGACCAGCUCGUGGAAGAAGUAUUCGAUUUGCCAGAAGACGACGAAGUUGAAGAAGUAUUCUAUGAUUUUGACUGCCAAGUUAAGGAGGAGUUUAUUAAAGAGCCCCGUAGUUAUCAGUUCCAAGUCAAGAAGGAAAUCCCUGAGAAGGAGGUCUCUAUCGUAUCAUCUUUAGACAGUGGGACGUUCCAUAAUGCCGUAGAAUUCGAAGUCAAGAAAGAGCCAACCGAAUCCCAGCCGUUUUUGGACCAAAUAAAGACCGAGCCCGCUGAAUUCAUCAGCAUAACAGAAGGUUCCCCAGAACAGUCCACUAUUCAUGAUGAUAAGGACCUUGAAAACCUUGAUUUGGUUGAAGAAAUGGUGCCCGUCCAGUGUUCCCACUGCCCGAAGAUCUUUGCGAACGAUAAAUGGCUUCAGAAGCACCUGCGGGACCUUCAAAAUCCCUACAAAUGCGAUCGGUGUCCCAGGACCUUUAGCAAAAAAGGGAAUUUUCGUCGACACCAGCAGAAGCAUGAUGACGAUUGGGAAUACUCGUGUCCCCACUGUCCGCUAGUUGUGAAAUCGAAGGUGAAUUUGGAGCGACACAUGAAAAUCCACACGGGGGAAUGGCUGCCCUUUAAGUGCGAUCACUGCCCGAUGGCCUACGGAAGUCUUCGGUGGCUGACGAGGCACAUGCUGAGUCACGACCUGUACCAGUGCUCCCACUGCCUGGAGGUCAUGCCAUCCAGAUGGGACCUGGAUGAGCACCUUCUGAGUCACACGAAGGUCACCACCAGCCACCAGUGCGCCGUCUGUCCGUUGGCCUUUGCCAGGCGCGGCGAUCUCAGGAGGCACAUGCUCAAGCACUCGACAGAAACAGCCUUCGCCUGUGCCCACUGCCCCCUGAAGUUCCGCCUGCGGGCCAACCUGUUGGACCACCAGCUAGGGCGGCACACCUCGGAGCCGCAGUUCAAGUGCUCCAGCUGCCCGAUAGCCUUCCUACUUCAGGUUGAUCUGGCGCAGCAUAUGCGGGACCACGCGAACGACCGCCGCUACAAGUGCUCCUUCUGCCCGAAAACUUUUGCGCAGGCUGCCAGUCUAAGGAAGCACUCGAUAGCGCACAUGGCUUUGGAGAAAAGCGCUUAG